GGAGUUCAUGACGUCAGAGCGGGAAGAAGGACCCUUUAUGAUCUUGGGCUUUUUUGUGAAAAUAUGUCUUUGGAAAGCUUACGUGUGCGAAUUUUCGCUCGGAAGGGACAAAAUAUCACACGAGCCUUUCAAAUCCCCUCACACGUGAAUAUAAACGCGAUGCUAUUAGCUUAAAAGCAGAGCAUUGAAUUACAUUACAUUCUCUUCAGGCACAUUUUCCGGGCGCCCUUUUUGCGCGCGGUGCAUCGUGGUCUCGUCUCGUCUCUUGUAUCGGGAGGCGCCACUGAAGCAAAACCGAUUACCUGAAUCAUAGUGUAAAGUGGUGCUUUAGUUUUGUUGUGUCUGUAAGGUUUAGUUUUUUUUUUUAAACAUGUCGGUUCGGGAGUCUUUUAACCCAGAGAGUUAUGAGCUGGACAAGAACUUCAGGCUAACCCGCUUCACAGAGCUCAAAGGCACAGGAUGCAAAGUCCCUCAAGAAGUCCUGCAAAAACUUCUGGAAUCCCUGCAGGAAAAUCAUUAUCAGGAAGAUGAUCAAUUUCUUGGAGCUGUAAUGCCCAGACUGGGCAUUGGUAUGGACACCUGUGUUAUUCCAUUGAGACAUGGGGGCUUGUCACUUGUGCAGACCACUGACUAUAUUUACCCCAUAGUGGAUGACCCAUAUAUGAUGGGAAGAAUUGCUUGUGCCAAUGUGUUGAGUGAUUUGUAUGCGAUGGGCGUAACAGAAUGUGACAACAUGCUGAUGUUACUUGGUGUCAGUAACAAACUCACAGAAAAGGAGCGUGAUAAAGUCAUGCCGUUAAUCAUCCAGGGUUUUAAGGAUGCAUCAGAGGAGGCAGGUACAUCCGUUACAGGUGGUCAGACAGUUUUAAAUCCGUGGAUAGUCCUUGGGGGUGUGGCCACAACAGUAUGCCAACCAAAUGAGUUCAUUAUGCCAGAUAACGCAGUACCGGGUGAUGUGCUGGUUCUUACCAAACCUCUAGGUACACAGGUUGCAGUAGCAGUGCACCAGUGGCUGGACAUCCCAGAGAAAUGGAAUAAGAUCAAGUUAGUAGUCACUCAAGAAGAUGUUGAACUAGCUUAUCAGGAGGCCAUGUUAAACAUGGCUCGACUCAACAGAACAGCGGCCGGGUUGAUGCACACCUUCAACGCACACGCAGCGACUGACAUCACAGGUUUCGGGAUCUUGGGGCACGCUCAGAACCUUGCGCGGCAACAGCGUACAGAGGUCUCUUUUGUCAUACACAACUUGCCGGUUCUUGCCAAGAUGGCUGCCGUCAGCAAAGCCUGCGGGAAUAUGUUUGGUCUUAUGCAUGGCACCUGCCCAGAGACUUCAGGAGGUCUGUUGAUCUGUCUUCCUCGUGAGCAAGCGGCCCGUUUUUGCGCCGAAAUCAAAUCUCCCAAAUAUGGCGAGGGUCACCAGGCGUGGAUCAUAGGCAUCGUGGAGAAAGGUAACCGCUCUGCACGGAUCAUCGACAAACCCCGCAUCAUUGAAGUCGCACCUCAGGUGGCCACGCAGAACGUCAACACCACCCCAGGGACCACGUCUUAAAUCCGACCCUCACGACAACCCUGAAAAGCUAGCAUACUCUGGCCACGUCUGAGCAUAUAUCAAAACAUUGAUAUAUGCACGGUCUGCCCACGAUCUUUGGGCAAGACUUUACACAUGGACACGGUUAUAAAGCAGAAGUGAUACGAACAUUCAACGAAGAGAAAUUGAUUGCCUUUUGUGUCUAUAGUUUUCUGUUACAUUAACUGAACAUGCACCUGAUUGUAAGGCAGCUUUCAAGUAGAAAGUAUAAAUGAUAGUGUAAUUCGCAUUUGAUACUUUUGAUCAUUUCCGUUUUUUUUUUGUGUACUUUCUCUGUCCCGCUGAUAUUAAGGAUCACCUGCGGUUUCAUGACGUGUUUUAGACGUCCUAGUUAGAAUGCGCAACCCGUCUGGUAGUUCAGAUUAUAAUCUAUGCCUGUAAUCUAACAAUAGCGAAUAAACCUGCAGCGUGAAUGAUUUCAGAAAUCCAUUACGAGUUACUUUUUUACUUUUGUAUAAAUCCCCCCAAUUAUUGGAUUGAAGAAAUUAAGGUAGUCCUCAAAUUCUGGAAUAAGCUUUGCUGUCUUUGAUAGCACUGAAUGGAGAUGCCAUAUUGUAAAAUAUUCACUAUUAGACAUGAACAUCAGUAGUUCUGUUCUGUGGUAGCGCUGGUUUUAUAUUCUGUACAAAGCUCAUACGUCUCUCUGUCUCCCAUAUUUGCUAAUCGUUAUAUAUGUAUAUGCCUUCCCCUUCCAAUAAAUCUCAAAUCUUUUUUUAAUUUCUUGAAAA